CACGAAAUGAAAAAGGCCAUCAUUGUGGAGGUGCCCUUAUUAAUAAUCGUUAUGUACUUACCGCAGCACAUUGCAUAUCUGCAAUUCCGAAGAGUUGGCGUGUAACUGGUGUUCGCCUUGGAGAAUGGGAUACUUCGACAAAUACUGAUUGCGUUUAUGAUGUACAGGGAAAAAAGGACUGUGCUAACGAGCACGUUGACUGCGGUGUGGAAGAAGUAAUUACUCAUCCUGAAUAUUCAUCAAGCCAACAAAAUGAUAUUGCAUUAAUCCGUCUUGACCGUUACAUUGAAUAUAAUACCUUCAUACAACCUAUUUGUUUACCAAUUGAUUCUCAAUUUCGCAACAAAAACUAUGAUGAUAGAGUCAUGGAUAUUGCUGGUUGGGGAGUGACAGAAACAAAUCAACCAAGUACGUUCAAGCUUAAAGCUGAAGUCACGAUUUGGCCGUUGCAACAGUGCCAACAAAAAUAUAAAAUUGCAAAAAAAUAUUUGCAAAAUACCCAGUUAUGUGCGGGAGGAAAAAGAGGGAUUGAUUCCUGCCGUGGUGACUCCGGUGGACCACUAAUGGUUGAAGAAUACAUCAACAAAAGACGUGGCUUUUUUGUGGCAGGUAUUGUGUCGUAUGGCCCGAGUCCGUGCGGUUUAGAAAACUGGCCUGGAGUUUAUACUAAAGUUGGCUCAUAUAUUGAUUGGAUACAGAAUAAUAUAAGGUCUUAAGUUACCAAUAUUAAUUUAAUUUUUGAACAAGUUUUAAUAAAAUAUUGUAAUUGGAA